AUGGCUAUGGUGUGUCUUUCAGACUUCGAAGCAUAUGCUAGGAAGUAUUUACCCAAGAUUGCUUGGGAUUUUUUUGCAGCUGGAGCAGAUGACUGCAGCACUCGAGAUGAAAACAUCCUGGCAUAUAAAAGAAUUCGUUUCCAGCCACGUAUGCUGCGGGAUGUAUCCCUGAUGGACAUUAGGACUAAGCUUCUGGGGACUGAAAUCAGCUUUCCUGUAGGAAUCGCCCCUACUGGCUUCCACCAGCUAGCAUGGCCUGAUGGAGAGAAAAGCACAGCCAGAGCGGCCCGCGCGCUGAACACCUGCUACAUCGCCAGCACCUAUUCCACAUGCACGCUGGAGGAGAUCUCGGCGGCCGCUCCCGGCGGCUUCCGCUGGUUUCAGCUCUACAUCCACCGCAACAGGGAGGUUUCCCAGCAGCUGGUCCAACGGGCCGAGGCCUCGGGAUUCCAGGGCUUGGUCCUCACGGCAGAUGUGCCCUACACCGGCAAAAGACGAGAUGAUCUCCGCAAUGCUCAGAUGAGGUUUUCUUCUGUCCUAUGGAUGCAGGGAGAUGACCGUUCUGAGUACGGGCUGCCACCCAACAGCCUGGAUCCCUCGGUCACCUGGCGCGAUAUCUACUGGCUGCGGAGCCUGACCCGGCUGCCCAUCAUCGUUAAAGGCAUCUUGACAAAAGAAGAUGCAGAGCUGGCAGUGAGACAUGGAGUUCAGGGGAUUAUUGUGUCCAAUCAUGGUGGAAGGCAACUGGAUGGAGGACCUGCCACUAUUGAUGCCCUGGUUGAGGUUGUGGAGGCAGUGCAAGGCAGAGUUGAAGUUUAUUUAGAUGGUGGAAUACGAAAAGGAAGUGACAUAUUGAAAGCAUUGGCACUGGGAGCAAAAUGUGUCUUUAUUGGAAGACCAGCUUUAUGGGGUCUGGCUUACAAGGGUGAAGAAGGGCUGCAAGACGUCUUGAGGAUUUUGCAGGAGGAGUUCCGCUUGUCCAUGGCCUUAGCUGGCUGUGCCAGUGUCUCAGAGAUUGGCCCACACCUGGUUCGGUUCUCAAAGCUGUGA